AUGCCCACCAGCAGCGGUCUAAUUUUCGAUAUUCGGAAGCGGUCCAUCAGCUCCAGCGAUUCAAACUUCACCAGAACCAACUUCCUUGGAAGGAAAGAUUUCAUACAAAGACUUAAACUUGAAACCACGUUAGAUGUCCAUGAAGGCUCUGUCAAUUCAGUAUGCUGGAAUGAAACAGGAGAAUACAUUCUAUCUGGAUCAGAUGAUGGCAGUUUGGUCGUCACAAACCCACACCACCGAACUGUCAAGACUAUGGUUAAGUUGGGGCAUCGUUCUAGCAUUCACAGUGCUAAGUUCAUGCCCCAAACUGGUGAUCAGAUUGUCAUCUCAGCUGCAGCAGAUGGCAAGAUCUUCUAUACCAACAUCACCAAGGGACCCAGUGCUGCUACACAGUAUCAGUACCACUGUCACAACGGUGCUGCCUACAAGAUUCUGACAGUACCCAAUGACCCACAUUCUUUUCUAUCAUGUGGAGAAGAUGGGACCAUCCGCUGGUUUGAUGUCCGCAUUUCUCCCUCCUGUAGGCAAAACAACUGUAAACAGGACAUACUGAUUGACUGUCGGCGAGCUGUGACAUCGAUGGCAAUAUCCCCUCUGGAGCCAUUCUAUCUGGCCGCCGGCUGCUCAGACAGCUCAGUCCGAAUCUAUGACAGGCGUAUGCUGGGUACACUAGCUACAGGUAGCCAGUUGGGAAGUGGUGCUUUGGGAAUGUGUGUACGCUUUGUGCCGAUUCACCUCAUCAACAAGUUUAGCCGCAUUACCUCACUCUGCUACAGUGGGGAUGGGCGACAGGUGCUGGCCAGCUAUUCCUCAGACUACCUCUACUUGUUUGAUCCACGAGACGACACUGCCAGGGAGCUAAAGGGCCCCUCCCAGCACAAUAAGAGUGAGCAACGGCAGCCUCCUGUGAAGCGGCUCCGACUGAGAGGAGAUUGGUCUGACACUGGACCCCUGGCUCGCCCUGAGAGCGAGAGAUGGAGACACGGAGAGUCCCAGUCAGAAACAUCCCUGCUUCAAAGGAUCUCAGACAUGAUGUCCCGUUGGUUUGAGGAGGCCAGUGAAGCUCGGAAUAGCAGCAGAACGCAUUCACAACCAAUGUUUAGAGCUCCUGCCACCCAGACUGAAGGAAUUCAAGUAAUGACUUCUGGUGUGCUCCCACGCCCAGGGGGAUCACAGGCAGAAAUUCCUCAGGCCUCAUCCAGUGGACCACGAGGCAGUCAGCCACUUCCAACAGAGCCAGUGCUGAGUUUCCACUACAGCACACAGGGCACCACAGCCAGCACCAUCCAGCUGGACUGGAGGAGUGAAGACCUGAACCAAAAUCAGUCAAGUGGAUCCAAUGAUGUAACAAGCCUAUCAAGAAUCAGGGAAUGGGAGGUAGAUGGCAGCAGGCAGAGCUCAGCUCCCAGCCAGGCAGGUGAUGAAGAUAGAGAGGAUGAAACCAACACUGUACAGCCUCGGCUUGGAUGGGGGAAUGGAUUUAAUUUCAGAGGAUCAGCUAUAGGUGAAAGAGUACUCAGGCGCUCUGCUGUGGCUCAUAUUCAGGAGAUUUUCAGGCGACGCAAAGAGAGGCGUGAGCUGGAGGAGAGUGAGGCACGCCAAGUCAGGAAACCUGCGGUCCACAUGGUCUACAAGGGCCACCGCAACUCGAGGACUAUGACCAAAGAGUCGUGCUUCUGGGGAGAUCAGUUUGUGUUGAGCGGCUCCGACUGUGGCCACAUCUUCAUCUGGGACCGAAGCAGCGGCCAGCAUGUGAUGCUUCUCGAGGCAGAUAAACAUGUGGUCAACUGUCUGCAGCCACACCCCUAUGAACCCAUUCUUGCCACUUCUGGGAUAGAUUACAAUAUCAAGAUUUGGUCCCCUUUGGAAGAGGUCCCAUCAUUUGACAGAAAGCUGGCUGAGGAGGUUAUCUGCCGUAAUGAGCUGAUGUUGGAGGAGACCAGGAACACCAUCACUGUCCCGGCAUCUUUUAUGCUGCGCAUGCUGGCAUCUCUCAAUCAUACCCUCACACCUGGUCAUUCUGAGGCAGGUCGCUCUGAUGGCUCAGGAGCAGAGACUGAAGAUGACCACUAGUCCCUCCUGCAGGGAUGUGGUCUGCUCUGCUCAACAUAUCCAGCCCUGAAAACAGACAUGUCAGCUGGAGGACAGUGGUUGUAGCAGUGGUGGCUGAAUGUGCUUUGGCUCCACAGCUGUAUCUGUUUUGGUCCCAGUUUUGCUUCUUGCUCAGGAUGUGUCACUAAAGGGUUUUCCCUUUGUAUUUUGGGAGAAAUGGGGCUAAACUUCAUGGUGGUCAUGGUGACAUUUUUAUUUUUGUGUUACCUCACAAUAACUUUUGCAUUCUCUCACAAUAUUUUUUGCAUUCUCUUGUAAUACUUUUGCAUUACCUCACAGUACUUUCCUACUUGUGUUCCGUUCCCUCUGAGCCAUUGGUCUAUUUCCACUUAGCUGCUUCAGCACACAGGUCUCUUGAUGUGGGAAUUCGUUUAAGUUUAGUUUCACUAAUUAUGUAACCAUGCCUCUUGAACAGUUGUACUGUACCAGCAGAAUUAAUCCCUAUUUCAAUGUCACAUUCAAAGGGCUGAUCCACACUGGGGCGCUGUAGCCUACUGUUGUGCAGCUGAGUGGAAAUAGGUCUACAUAUGUCUCAAAGAAUGGAAGUAGAAAAGUAUUGCAAGGUAACACAAAUAUAUUAGAAUACAAAACUAUUAGGAGAGUAUGCAAAAUUUAUUGCAAGAGAGCACAAAUUAAAAUAUCUCACUGUGAGCCUUCGGGGGCACUGUAAAAUCCAGCCUAUCACUGGAUUGGAAACACAAAGAAUGAACAUUUGAGUAUGAUUGUUGUUGGGUUUUUUUUAUAUGUGUUAGGUGUGGAGAAUAAUGUAGUUUUAGUGCAACAAGUGCGACGAGUGUGCAGUUCUGGUCUUGGUGUUUUGGAAGGAAUGCAUGUAAAAGUACUGUUACCACUAGGUCAGCUGAUAUUUGUCAUGUUUCAUACCUAUUUGUAUCAUAUUUUAAUGUAUUAUUAUUAUUGUGUAAUGAAAUUUAUGGUGUCAGCUAUGACAAAAUGUUUGCAAAGAAAAAUGCACCAUUAAAGUUGCCAUCAAAUGAUACUACUAUAGUCAGGGGAAAUGGUGUGUUGUGAUCCAUUCUCAGGGUUUUGACUUUAAAAUAAAAGAAUCUAAAAA